AUGAAUAAACCGAUUCUGGCCAACCUUAAAGUGUUUGGAUGCCACGCGUAUGUUCAAGUGCCUCAAGACAAACGCGCGAAGUUCGACUCCAAGUCAUCACUCUGUCGUUUCCUGGGAUACGCCGAACACCAGAAGUCAUAUCGAUUUGAGGAAGUGUCAACAGGAGCGAUCAAGAUCAGUCGCGAUGCCACAUUCAUGGAAGACAAGUUUGAUGAAGGUCCGCGCAACUACAACGAUGAGUCAAGUGUCGUUGAGUUUGAUGAUCAUGAUGAGGACGAAGAAAAAGAAGAAGGUAAAACUGACGACGACAUGGACUCGAGCGACGAUGACAACGAAGACACCAGGUCUUCGAAGAGCAACAUCAAGAGACACACGCGCACUCAAUCACUUGAGAAAGCUACCGUCAUUCCAAGUCCCAAGCGAAGAACAUACAGAGGUCCGUCGCUUGAGCAUGUGUCAGCGGCUGCAAUGGAUUUUGAAGCAGCCUACAUCGUUGAUUCAGUGGGGGAAACGCCGACUACAUUCAAGUCGGCGAUGGAAUCAAGCGACUCCGGCAAGUGGAAAGAAGCGUGUGACUCGGAGUUCGAUUCGCUUCAGAGAAACGACACGUGGGAAAUCGUGCCUCUUCCGAAAGGUCGCAAGGCCAUCGGGUGCCGAUGGGUUUUUCGUGUAAAGGAGAAUCAAGAUGGCGAAGUUGAACGUUUCAAGGCAAGACUUGUGGCCAAAGGAUUCUCACAGAAAUUCGGAGUUGACUAUGAAGAAACUUUCGCACCGGUGGCCAAGUUCACAUCGAUUCGUGUGGUGCUCAGUAUGGCGGCUAAGUACGGCCUAAUGCUACAUCAGAUGGACGUCAAGACAGCGUUUCUUAACGGCUCCCUCAACGAAGACAUCUACAUGGACCAGCCGGACGGAUACCUGGAUGCAACACAGCCGGACUAUGUGUGCAAGCUAAAGAGAUCACUCUACGGCUUGAAGCAAUCGCCUCGCAUGUGGAACCAAACAAUCUAUGGGUUCAUGAUCAAGAUGGGAUUCAAGAAGUGCGAAUCGGACCACUGCAUCUACAUCAAGCGAGACGACCAAGACAUGAUUCUCGUGGUGCUCUACGUCGAUGAUCUCAUCCUGGCCAGCAGCAACAACGAACUCCUCAAGUCAACCAAGAUGGCGCUGAGCAAACGCUUCGAAAUGACGGAUCUCGGUGAGCUCGAUUACUUUCUCGGCAUGGAGAUCAAGAACGACCGUAAGACGGGAAUGGUGACUGUGCAACAAACCAAGUUCCUCAAGUCCGUGUUAACCAAGUUCGGAAUGGAUAACAGCAAGCCAGUGAAGACGCCUCAAGAUCCCGGCCUGAAGCUAACCAAGAACAUGUGUGAACAAGAAUGCAAGCACGAAGACACCAUGUGCAACGUGCCAUAUCGAAGUGCUGUCGGAGGCAUCAUGUAUCUCAUGGUCGCCACACGUCCGGAUCUAGCUGCUGCAGUGGGAUCAUUAUCCCAGUUCUCGUCCGACCCAUGCCCGACUCUCUGGCAAGCUUUGAAGCGUGUGCUGAGAUACCUGCAAGCAACGCCCAAUCAUGGUCUUGAGUUUACACGUGAAGAAGGAAGCCGUAUCUGCGGGUACACCGACGCAGACUGGGCCGGCGACAUUGAGUCAAGACGAAGUACAAGCGGCUAUGUGUUCAUGAUGAGCGGAGGAUGCAUCAGCUGGAAAAGCCGGAAACAACGGACGGUCGCGCUAUCUUCAACAGAAGCAGAAUACAUGGCGCUUUCCGAAGCAACCAAAGAAGCAGUAUGGCUCAAAGUGCUUUUGGGGGAACUUGGUGAGAUGACAAGCGACGAAGCGAUCAAGAUGUAUGAAGACAACCAAGGAUCAAUCGCUCUCGCCAAGAACCCGGAGUUCCAUAAGAGAACAAAACACAUCGACAUACGCUACCAUUUUGUGCGUGAGAAGGUGGAAUCAGACAUGAUGACCAAGCCGAUCGCCGCUGUACAAUUUGAAAACAUUCGCGAUCGACUUGGGAUCCAAGGUGCCGCAGCUAACGAGUCGAGAGGGAGUGUUGAAAAGACAGCGGCUGUGAAGAAGACACCUCGUCAAGCUGCGUCAAGUGUUGAAGCAAGUGGAAGACCAAGCCUCGCUAUACCGGUGGGUACCGGUAUGUACCAGUAA